ACCCUCUUCACGUCUGCGGCCUGAGGUGAUCUCCGAAAAUGGUUCGCUACUCACUUGACCCAGAAAACCCUACAAAAUCAUGCAAAUCAAGAGGUUCGAAUCUUCGUGUCCACUUUAAGAACACUCGUGAAACUGCCCAGGCCAUCAAGGGUAUGCACAUCCGAAAAGCCACCAAGUAUCUGAAGGAUGUCACUUUAAAGAAGCAGUGCGUGCCGUUCCGUCGAUACAAUGGCGGCGUUGGUAGGUGUGCCCAGGCCAAACAGUGGGGCUGGACACAGGGUCGGUGGCCCAAAAAGAGUGCUGAAUUUUUACUGCACAUGCUUAAAAAUGCAGAGAGUAAUGCUGAACUUAAGGGUUUGGAUGUCGAUUCUCUGGUCAUUGAGCAUAUCCAGGUGAACAAAGCUCCCAAGAUGCGGCACAGGACAUACAGAGCCCAUGGUCGGAUCAACCCCUACAUGAGCUCUCCCUGCCACAUCGAGAUGAUCCUUACUGAAAAAGAGCAAAUCGUGCCUAAACCAGAAGAGGAGGUUGCACAGAAGAAAAAGAUAUCCCAGAAGAAACUGAAGAAACAAAAACUUAUGGCCCGGGAAUAAAUUCAGCAUAAAAUAAAUGCAAAUAUAAAAAAAA